CCCGCCUACAUUAAAUGCGAGUUAGAGAUAGUAGCUCGACUCUCGACUCACCAUGCGCUCCGGAUACCGCUUAGUGAUAAUCGUGAGCCUUUUUAUGGUGAUAAUCUAUAUAUUCAUCAACGAGGUGUUCAAUAGUGGCCGUGGACAUGUUAUGCUGUUCAAACAGCUUCCAGUACGAGAAGUUCCAGCGGCUGUUCCGGAUACGGAUGAACCGAUCAUAACAACCCCGGCUGGGACGACGCUUUUCAAGUUCGUGUACACUACGAUAGGGCUUGAUCCACGAUAUCCGGUCCCACCGGGAGAUAUGGGCCGUCCGGUGGAGAAGGAACUGAACGAUUCCGUCGUGGACAUCCUGGUGCAAGAUGGUAUACGUAACCAAGGUUUGAAUAAGUACUUUUCGGAUCUGAUGUCAGUCCGCCGGAGACUGCCAGAAAUUCGUGACCGCUGGUGUCGAGAGCCGGGACGAUAUCCUGCCAACCUACCACCGACUUCGAUCGUGAUCGUGUUCUACAACGAGGCAUGGUCUGUGCUGGUGCGCACCGUGCACUCGAUUCUCGAUCGUUCACCAGCCAAUCUCAUUCACGAAAUUGUACUUGUGGAUGACUAUAGCUAUUUGCCACAUCUUAAGACACAGCUACAGGAAUACUUUGCGCGCUACGAGAAAGUUCGCAUUAUGCGUGCUCCGAAGCGAUUAGGAUUGAUACGGGCAAGGAUGUUUGGGGCACAAAACACGACCACUGAUCUUAUCACCUUCCUCGAUGCGCAUGUAGAAGUCACUGUUGGCUGGCUGGAGGCGCUGCUCGAUGUGGUGGCGCAAAGUUGGACCACCAUUGCGUUACCAACGAUCGAUUGGAUCGACGAGCACAACAUGAAGUACAAGGACGAUAGGGCACCGAUUUUCAUCGGAGCGUACGAUUGGGAUCUCAACUUUGGCUGGUGGGGCCGCUGGUCCAUGAAGAAAAAGUAUGAAAACAAGAUGGUCCCGUUCGACACGCCAGCGAUGGCCGGUGGACUAUACACCAUCAAUCGUACGUUCUUCGAGAAGCUCGGUUGGUACGACGAGGGUUUUGAUAUUUACGGCAUCGAAAACAUUGAACUAUCGAUGAAGAGCUGGAUGUGCGGUGGUAAAAUGGUGACCGUGCCGUGCUCUCGUGUUGGGCACAUCCAAAAGACUAGCCAUCCAUAUCUGUUCCAUGAGACCAAAGAUGUGGUGCGUGCGAAUACGAUGCGGCUGGCGGAAGUGUGGAUGGAUGAGUACAAGGGUAUCAUCUACGAUAUCUACGGCAUACCGCACUACUCGGAGGAAGAGUUUGGUUCCGUGGAGCAUCGCAAAGCCAUCCGUCAGAAGGCCGGUUGUCAACCGUUCCGGUACUACCUCGAGAAUGCCUUCCCGGAAAUGCAUAAUCCGAUGGUACCGGGAGCGUUCCGGGGUGAGGUUCACAAUGGAGCACUGGGUAACGGGUCCUGUCUGACGUAUCGAAUGACGGACAACUUUUUCGGCAUGGCACCUUGUGAUCAUCUCGAAAAGAGUCAAUUCUGGACGCACAACUAUUACCAGGAGCUGAACAGCUAUCAAAAUUGCGUCGAUGGACCCCAUCUGGCUGUUAUCCGGUGCCACAAAAGCCGUGGCAAUCAGGCCUGGAAUUACCUGGUGGACAGCCAGCAGAUACAGUUUGCAGGAAAUGCCACUCUCUGCCUUUCUCUCAAUGCGGCGACAAACGUCGCGUUGCUCACGGAGCGAUGUGAUGCGGCCAAACCGCAGCAAAAGUGGAUAGUGCCCUUCGUGCAUCUGGAUUUGUCUAUGUUGCUGGAGAAUCAGGCAAAAGCUAAGCAAUAA